AUGGCAUCCGCAGGCAAAUCCUUCCUUCAAACCAUAAGACGCUACAUCAAGAAGCCAUGGGAAAUCACUGGCCCAUGUGCUGACCCAGAAUACAAGUCCGCACUGCCUCUUGCCGCCGAUUACCGGCCAUUUUGUCCGGCCACUGAACCGGCCAAGGCCAUCGUCCCGACCUCCGAUCCAGAAACCGUGUUCGACAUCAAAUACUUCUCUCGCGAUCAGCGCCGUAACCGCCCGCCCAUCCGCCGCACCGUUCUGAAAAAAGAUGACAUCUUGAAGAAGACUACAAUGCCUGUGGCGGAGGUUAUUGCAAGUAAUCAGGUUUAAUCUCUUGAAAGACUUGCCUGCAACAAAAAUAAAUUAAAUGGUGUUGUUUCUUUUGGUCAUUGCUUUUUUUUUUUCUUCCUUUUUAUUUUUUCAUGUCUACACACUUAAAAUACCUCUUACUAAUGCUUUAUUGAAAGCAUGAUU